AUGGAGUUAUGGUGGUUUGGCCCAAAAUGGUUGUGUUUAAAUAAAGAGGAUUGGCCGUCAAAAAAUGAGGUGUUAAACCAUCAAUUAAAUAAUAAAAAUAUUCCUGAGAAAAAAAACGUAUUAGAAUUUUCCGGUAUUAUCACGGAUAAAUAUUCUAUAUUUGACAAGUAUUCGUCGUUGGAUAAAAUAAUACGAAUUACUGCGUAUUGCGUGCGUUUUUAUAAUAAAAUAAAAGAACCAAAAAACUCAGAGUGCGGAGUCUUAACAACAACUGAUUUACAUAAUGCAAAUUUGCGACUUUUAAUUAGAGUACAAAAAGACUAUUUUGAAAAAGAGUUAAAUGAAUUAAAUUCGGCAAAUGGUCAGGUAUCGUCGAAAAGCAAGUUGUUCAGAUUGAGACCGUUUCUCGACGAAGAUGGAUUAAUACGUGUGGGCGGGCGGCUAAAGAAUGCAGUAUCAUUAGGUAUUUUUCAAAGGCAACCCAUAGUAUUACCAAAGGAUUCCGCGUACACUAAUUUGUUGUUUCGACGGGAGCAUGAGCAGUUAUUACAUGGGGGUCCGCAGGCAAUGUUAGCAUCGAUAAGGCUGCAAUAUUGGCCACUUAAUGCCCGAAACAUAGCUCGAAAGACCAUGUACCGUUGUGUAAAAUGUUUUCGAAUGAAACCUACCGUGGUACAACCAAUCAUGGGCAAUUUACCUAGAGAGCGUGUAGAAACACAAUCUCGUGCAUUUAAAAUCUGCGGUGUCGAUUUCGCGGGGCCUAUAAUGGUAAAACAAAGUUUAAGGCGAAAUGCACCCACGACAAAAGGAUAUGUUUGUAUAUUUGUAUGUUUUGCCACUAAGGCGGUGCAUAUUGAGGUCGUUAUAGAUUUGAGUACUAAAUCAUUUUUAAAUGCGUUGAACCGAUUUUUUGAUCGCAGAGGUAAAUGUGCUACGAUUUAUUCUGACAAUGCUACAAACUUCGUAGGAGCAAACAGGCAUUUAAAAGAGGUGUAUCAACUUUUUCGAGAUCAAGAGCAUCAAGAUAUCGUUCAAUCUGACCUGGCUACAAUAGGAGUACAAUGGAAAUUUAUUCACCCCAGGUCACCUCAUUUUGGGGGAUUAUGGGAGGCAGCGGUUAAGUCAAUGAAAUCAUUAUUACGAAGUGUACUAGGCGAAUCUUAUUUAACCUACGAAGAGUUAUGUACUAUACUCACUAGGGUAGAAGCGUGUCUAAAUUCUCGGCCUUUAACGGCUUUGUCCUCUGAUCCUUCCGAUUUAUUAUAUAUCACUCCAGCUCAUUUCCUAAUCGGAGACUCCCUAAUGUCUUGUAAUGAGACAAAACGGAGUGCCCAUUUAGAUGGCGCACUCUAG